AUCCACUCUCUCUCACCACCCACGUCGGCCUAUCCACUUUCCUUUACCUCUUUUCUUUCACCAGCUGCAAAGCCAGCAACUGCAAGCAACUCAUCUACACGGCAGCAACAGUAACAGCAACAACAACAGCUGCAGCCUUACAUCCGUCGCCACCACCAUCCAAGCCCUAGUCUCUGCACCGUCGUCAUCACCAUGUCCGCAGUCUCGGCCAACAACCUCACUACGCCUUCCAAGAAGGUCGCAGCCCAGCUCGAGAAGGUCGACAUGAACAAGACACCCUCCAAGCCAUCGGUUGGGGGUGACUUUGACGACUCGACGUUCCUCUCCAGCAACAAGCAGGCUGCCAAGAAGGCCAUCGUCGAUGCUGCUUCCACCAACAGCAACAAGGUUGAAGAGGCACUUCCCGUCGACAGCAGCCCAGACGACGUGUACGGCAAGUUUGUCGGUGAUGUCGACCUGCCCGAGGAGGAGGAGCCGCUGCUCAUCGAGAACAGCCGUCGCUUCGUCCUCUUCCCCAUCCGCUACAACGAGAUUUGGCAAAUGUACAAGAAGGCCGAGGCCUCCUUCUGGACGGCCGAGGAGAUCGACCUGUCCAAAGACUUGCAUGACUGGGACAACAAGCUCAAUGACAACGAGCGUCACUUCAUCUCUCACGUCCUCGCCUUCUUUGCCGCCUCGGACGGCAUCGUCAACGAGAACCUCGUCGAGCGCUUCAGCAACGAGGUCCAGGCCGCCGAGGCCAGGUGCUUCUACGGCUUCCAGAUCAUGAUGGAGAACAUCCACUCAGAGACGUACUCGCUCCUCAUUGACACAUACAUCCGCGACCCCGACCAGCGCGAAUUCCUCUUUGACGCCAUUGAGACGAUCCCCGUCGUCAAGCGAAAGGCCGACUGGGCUCUCCGGUGGAUUUCGGACAAGCGGGCUACCUUUGCUGAGCGCCUCGUCGCCUUUGCCGCCGUUGAGGGUAUCUUCUUCAGCGGCUCUUUCGCGUCGAUCUUCUGGCUCAAGAAGAGGGGUCUCAUGCCUGGCCUCACUUUCUCCAACGAGCUCAUCUCACGCGACGAGGGCCUUCACACCGACUUCGCCUGCCUCCUCUUCAGCCACCUGCGCAAGCGGGCGCACCCAGACACGGUCAAGCGAAUCAUCACCGAGGCUGUCACCAUCGAGCAGCACUUCCUCUCGGAUGCCUUGCCGUGCAAUCUGAUUGGCAUGAACUCGAAGCUCAUGUGCCAGUACAUUGAGUUCUGCGCUGACCGGCUGCUGGUGGCCUUGGGCAACGACAAGGUGUACAACAGCACCAACCCCUUCGACUGGAUGGAGAACAUUUCGCUGGCGGGCAAGACCAACUUCUUCGAGAAGAAGGUGGCCGAGUACGCAAAGAUGGGCGUUGCUAUCCGCGAAGAUGACAAGAACGACGACGGCGAGCAGGUGACAAGGAACAGCCAUGGCUUCUCCGUCGAUGAGGACUUUUGAUUUUUUCCUCUUUUCUCCUUAGUCCCUUAUCUGUUCCCUCUGUACUCUAAGCCUGCUCUCUCGUUUCGUUCCUUACUCCUCACUGCUCUGCGAAUAUACAC